UUCCUCUCUCAUUCUUGGAAAAAAUUCAAAAUAUAAACAUAGCUAGCAGAAAUCGAAGAGACGUCACUUUCUCGAGGAGGUUCAUCCAGGGAUAAUCUCGAAUAACCAUGAAACUUAAAGCUAUUUAAAUGUACAUAUAUACUACUAACGAAACUUGAGAUGUUCAUUGACAAAGAGCACUCCCAGUUUUUGCUAAAAGGACUUUCGUUAUUGCGUCAAAAUGAAGAGUUGUGUGAUGUGGAACUUAAAAUCGGAGAAAUCUCGGUUUUUGCACACAAAGUUGUAUUAGCAGCUAUAAGUGAAUAUUUUAAAGCAAUGUUUACUGGGCGAAUGGAAGAGAGCUUCGUUAGAACUGUAAAUCUUCAUGAUACAGACUCUAAAAGUAUUGCAAUGUUGGUUGACUUCGCAUAUACUGGACAUAUUAGUUUAACUGUUAACAAUGUCCAAUCGUUAUUAGUGACAUCUAAUAUGUUAGGUGUAUCAAAAGUUGUUAAUGCUUGUUGUGACUUCCUUAAGAGUCAGUUGCACCCUUCAAACUGUUUAGGUUUUCUUGACUUUGCUGAAAUUCACUGUUUAUCAUUGCUUAAAUCGUCAUGCUUAGAAUUUGUUCUGGAACACUUUGUUAAAGUAAUGCAGUAUGAAGAAUAUCUAAUUUCAAGUUCAAAAGUUAUCAAGCAGAUUUUGGUUAGUGACAAUAUAAAUAUAAUAAAAGAAGAACAUGUUUACAUGUUUUUAGAACAGUGGGCUUUACAUGCACCAAAGGACAGAAUGAAUGAUUUUUAUAAACUUCUUCUACAUAUACGACUAUCACAUGUUAGCACAAAUUUUAUAAACUCUCUUAAAUUAAAAUCUUUUUUCAGUUGCCCAGAGGGUUAUCCUUUCCUUUUAAAACUUAAUUUAACUUUAAACGUAAAAGAAAAUCCAUAUAGACUGUUAGAUCAUGAUUUAAUUAAAGAUGGCUGUAGAAGACGAAGUAGUAAUCAUCUCAUGGUAAUCGGUGGCAAAGGAGGGUUGUUUCAAGCACUAUGUUCAUGUAGUUUGUAUGAUGCAGAGAAAAAUAUGUGGAAACCUUGCAAGCCACUUCAUUAUCCAAGAGUUGACGCAUCAUCGGCCACAGUACAUGACAAAAUAUAUGUAACAGGGGGAAUGACCUAUACCUAUGCCAACCAACAAUCAUCUCAGCCAGUGCAACGUCACUGCACUGCAUCUGUUUUAUCUUAUUGUCACCACUCUGAUAGUUGGACUUAUUUACCUGAAAUGAAUAAGCAACGAAGUUCUCAUCAUUGUGUAUCUCAUGGUGGACUUCUAUACGCUAUUGGUGGUUAUAAUGGUCAAGCGUGUUUAAAGUCUGCGGAGUGCUUUGAUCCCAAAACAAAAAAAUGGACAGCAAUUGCCGACAUGAAAUACAGUAGAAGCUCGUUCGCAGCUGUAACUUUAGAAGAAUAUAUCUACGUUCUUGGAGGACAGGGAACGGCUCACUUGUGCACUGUAGAACGAUAUGAUACAAAGUUGGGCAAGUGGGAAAUGAUGCCGGCGAUGAGCACGAAACGUAUAAACUUCGGUGCAGCGCAGUUGCAUGGUUUCAUCUUUGUCGUAGGUGGACACGAUGGUCAAGACUAUCUCCGCAGCAUGGAAAGAUUUGACACAGUAUUGAGCGAAUGGUCUGUUGUCUCUCCUUUAUCUUCUCCAAGAACCGGCAUCGGUAUUGCAGUUUUGCAAAAUCAGAUUUUCGUGUUGGGUGGUCAUGACGGCAACCGUUAUUUAAACUCUGUUGAACGGUACGACCCGCGUGAAGAUACCUGGUCAAAAGCUAGCGACAUGAUAAAUCCUAGAUGUUAUAUGUCGGUAUCUGAUGUUUGGAUUUGACGCUGCAGUGUCUUGACGUUCACGUAGGUGCAUUUAUGGGACAAAUGAUUAAGUUAAAUAAAAUUUCGACAAAUAUCGAUCGAAAUUGAAUAUACAUGAUUAAGCAACUUUAUGUAUAUAAAAGGGACGAUUAAUUUUUUUUGUUUCUUUGAUUAAAUAUUCCUUAUUUCCACCAUCUUAGUUAGCCAUUUCUUUUCUUUCUUCUAAAGACAUACUCAUACUUUACAGUACACAUUUGCUAAUUCGAAUGUUAUGUUAACGCCGCUAUUUUGAAUAAAUUUCUUGGUCCCUUGUUUUUCUACUGCUUUAUUCGAACAUAUUUUACGCCCUUUUGCGUGUUCGAAUUAAUCCAUGUGCGCUAUGUGCAUCUCGAUAACCCAAACGACAAGAAAUGCGGCGAGCCUUAUUUUCAAAUUUGUAAAUAGUGUACAUUAUCAGAGGUGGGUAGUUAUAGUGUAUUAUAUUUUUUUCAUGGUAAGAAAAACAUGUGAUCAAUUUAUAGGUUGCUGUAAUUUUUUUUCUUUUAAAUCUUAGGAGCAAAUUGUUAAUAAAAAUUUAGAAUAUUCUUUCCUUAGUAA